UGGACUCUGUGAAGCAGGCCCUGACAGCCGUCGGCUUCACCGAGCUCCGGGAAAGAGACGAAUGGAAUGUCAAGCCCAAUGGAAAGUAUUUCUUUACUCGCAAUCAAUCUGCCAUCAUCGCGUUUGCCGUGGGUGGCCAGUACAAAUCUGGAAAUGGUUUCAACAUCGUUGGCUCGCACACGGAUAG